UGCUGAAACAGUCAGCUUCUCUCUUGAACAAAUAAACUGAAAUCAAAAAGUCAAAUGUGUCUUCUUCUCCAAUCGGAAAGAGCUUAGUAAUUUUCUCCUGAUUAUGUCUUUGGGAAACGACGCGAGUAGUAGCCACGACGGCGGAAGCAACGGAGAAAGCGUAGUCGAUGAUCGUGGCCGCUACAGAAGCACUUGCGGCUACUGUAAAUCCCCAGCUCGGUCAAGCAUCGCUCACGGCUUAUCUGCAGAGACUCUUACCGUUUAUGACUACCAAGAUCUUAUUGACCGAGGAUGGAGACGAUCUGGUACAUAUCUUUACAAACAUGAGAUGGAUACAACUUGUUGCCCUCCUUAUACAAUCCGUUUGAAAGCUAGUGAUUUUGUUCCUACUAAAGAGCAGCAGCGAGUGUCUAGAAGGCUAGAAAGGUUCUUGGAUGGCAAACUAGAUACGCAGCCUAGGGAACAAACAGUUGCUUUUUCCUCUGAUGAUGUUUUAGAUUCAGGGAAAAAAUCACUUGGAACGGCAACAAGUGCAGUUGAACCAAUUAUGGAUGAUUUGUCUACCAAAAUUGACCAAGCUGUGCAAAUAUGCAUACAGAGUGGGGAAUUCCCUUCCAAUAUGCAGAUACCGCAAGCUUCAGUGAAGAAGGUCUUCUGUGCUAGAAGAAAGAAACUAGCUGAAGGACCAGAACAACUUUUAUACACCAGCAACAUUGCUUUUCCAAUAGCAGCUGCAAUAAAACGCACCAAGACAUCUGUGAAAAGGGAGACGAAUAAUGCUGACAUAAACAGGUUAUCACCUGAAACUAUUUCUGAGGUGUUGUUGAGUGCGAUGAGUAAGGUGUGGGAAAUUUCUGAUAUGUCUAUUAAAGUCUGUAAGGGCCAUAUCAAUUUCCUUUCGGCUUCCAAAGAUUCUUUCUCUGAUAGAGAUGUUGUUCCUAAUGGUAAUAUCUCGAGAGGAGUCAACUCAACAGGUGAAGGUGAAACCCUUCAAACUAAGAUGGAUUCAGAACACCAUGAGACAAGAAAGCGAAAGCUGGAGAUACAUUUGAAAAGGUCUAGUUUUGAUCCUGAAGAACAUGAGUUAUACAAACGGUAUCAGCUGAAAGUGCACAAUGAUAAGCCGGGGCAUGUCACAGAAAGUUCAUACAGAAGGUUUUUGGUCGACUCUCCUUUGAUAUAUGUUCAGCAUUCUGGUGAUGAAAAGGUUCCGCCUUGUGGCUUUGGCUCUUUCCACCAACAGUACAGAGUUGACGGCCGUCUAAUUGCUGUUGGGGUUGUAGACAUUCUUCCUAAAUGUUUGUCAAGUGUGUACCUAUUCUGGGAUCCAGACUAUGCAUUCUUAUCGCUCGGGAAAUAUUCUGCCAUGCAAGAAAUUAAUUGGGUCAAAGAAAACCAAGCUCACUGCCCAUCUCUUCAGUAUUACUAUCUUGGCUAUUACAUACAUUCGUGCAACAAGAUGAGAUAUAAAGCAGCCUAUCGUCCAUCUGAGCUUCUAUGCCCUCUCCGUUUCCAGUGGGUUCCAUUCGAAGUAGCGAGCCCGAUGCUAGAUAAAAAAAAGCCAUAUGUCAUCUUGUCAGAUAUCGCUAUUUCACAAAAUCAAUGUUCUUUACUUGCUCGUGCUUCUGAAACUCUCGCGGAACCAGCAGUAAGUGAACAUGAAGACAUGGAACAAGGGGAGACGAAUGAUAAUUUUAUGGGCUGCAGUGAUGAUGAUGAUAAUGAUGAUAAUGAUAAUGAGGAUGAUGAUGUUGAUGAUGAUGAGGAUGAUGAAAUAGAAGAGGACUCUCAUAUUGACUCAGACCCUGGAUCCAAAGAUAGCGACAUUAGCAACAUCCUUAUCGGUCUUUAUGGAACCCAAUAUAGAUAUAAGAAUUUGCGGCAGAUAUUAAGUCCAGAAGGGCGGAAGCAACUGGAACCGAUGCUACAAAACUACCGCAAGGUCGUGGGAGCUGAGCUUUCAGAAAGAAUGCUGUAUGAAAUCAACUAACGCUUAAUGCCCAACUUUUUUUUGAAAAAGGGUUAAUAGGAAAAAAAAAAAGGAAUAAUAUGAAUAGAGAGAAGUGGAUGGGGAAGAGGUCCAGAGGAGAGGAAGCGCACGUGGGGGGGAGGAGGCCUGCUGACAGUGAAAAGAUCAAAAGAGAAAGUGAAAGGCCCACACGAGUGCAAAGAGGCAGCAGAUUUCAGACUUUGGGAAGUGUUCUAACUUAUAAAGAUUUGGUUUUUGUUUUUUUUUUUUUUUUCUUACAGUUUUUUCACAUUCUCAUAAUUUUUGCAGAACCUUUUUACCACAUCUCUCACACGUGUGUCCCUCCCUCGUCUUCCGUAAACCCUUUGACCGCUAGCUAGGAACUAUACUACUUCCCCUACUUACUUUUUAUUGGAUUUUAUACUUCUUUUGUAUCAAAAUGGAUGAUAUUUUAGGAAUUUCAUACUCCCUCUGUUUUAAAAUGUAAGUUGUUUUAGUUGAAUGCA